UAUGGAGACGCGCCCUCAUGGCGGCCACAGUCAUGAGGCCAGUGCCAAUGAGGUGGAUAGUACCUUGCCAGCAGUAGCAGAAGAGCUUUUGAAAGAGAUCAAAAAGGCUUUUCAGGAGACCUCACACGUCCCUGAUGACCUGCUGCUGGGGCUGAAGUUCAUAUUUGGCCCAUCUGCUGUCCCAGCUUUGGAUUUGGUGGAUCAGCGUUCUGUCACCCGAGUCGUGUCCCCCAGCGGAAGGACUGCAUACCAGGUCCUUGGGAGCUCAGGCAAACUCUACACCUGCUACAGUUCCUGCCACUUCUGCACGUGUCCUGCUUUUGGUUUUACUGUAUUGCAGAAGAGCGAGAGCCUUCUGUGCAAACAUAUACUUGCCGUCUACCUCAGUCAGGCCAUGGGAGCCUGCCAGGAACUAACUGUCUCUGAGGAGCAGCUCACAAGCAUCUUACUGGCUGAGGAGGAGGAUGAAGGAUGAAGGAUUUGGAUCACAGCUGGCAUUUUUUGUAUCUACAAGGCUGUCAAAUGUUCACCAUGGCUGGUAGAUUUCUUCCUGCGCUGCAGCCAGGCAUGAUGUUAAUUAGCAGCCUUGCACUGAUAGAUUAAUUAAU